AGGAGGAUGCGAAUGAGCGUUGCAUUGCCGCAUGGUGUAGCACGAGUGUCGUUCCUGUAUUCCCCCCUCUCUGUUGCCUCCUGUCUCCGCUCGUGCAUGAUUCCUCGUUUGUCCACCCACCGCAGCCGUUGUCACGAAACCGGCAUUUUCUUGAUAAGUGCCCGUACGCUGAUACAACAACGAGUGUUCUGCUUUCUGUUGCGUUGCCUUGAGAUUGUUUAUUCAUCUCGGCAUGGCUCUGACGACUCGGAGCACGGCGGCAGCGGCACUGACCAGCAGAAUUCGCGCCCGUGCAGCCGCUGGGGCCAAAAAGGCCAUUCCCGGGUGCUCGAGGUGGCUCCGCGGACUGCACAGUGCGAGCUUCGACGACAAGCUGGGAACGUUUGACCUCCGGCUGCACAGAGGGGCAGAGCCCUUGCAGGUGUCUGCCCUGGCGCUGCGGGAUCUGUGUCAGUCCGAGAUCUGCUGGGACCACCACAACCAUCAGCGGAGGAGCCCCCGGGUGCCAGCUGGGGAACCUCCUGGGGUCGAUUCGGUUUCGGCAUUGGAUGCCGGGCUGCAGGUCGUUUGGUCCGAUGGUCAUGUCUCCAACUAUUCAACGUCGGAGCUCCAGCGCCUCCUCCGCCGCCCUGGCAGCGAGCUUCCCGAGCCCAUCCUCUGGGACCGCAACACGCUGCCUGCACCGCCCGAGGUGCAGUUUGCCUCGCUCGCAGACGCCAGCGGCACGCAGACCUUUGCCAGACAGAUCCACACCUACGGCUUCGCCGUUCUGCGUGGCGUCCCUCUGACCGAAGCCGCCACGGACGCCGUCGGCGAGCUGCUGGGGGCGAAGUGGUCCACGAGCAUGUUUGGCACGAACUGGGAGGUCAAGAUCGACGCAGACAGCAGGGACUCCGCCUACAGCACCGACGAGAUUCUGCACCACACGGACGGCAACUACCUCCCGUACCGCGCUCCGAUGCAGCUCUUCCACUGCUUCCAGCCUGGGGCCCCAGGCACGGGCAUAAGCAGCUUCAUCGACGGAUUUGCAUUGGCCUGUGAGCUGCGGCGGCGGAGCGAGAAGGCGUAUGAUAGUUUGACGAAGCAAACUCUGUCUUACCAGUACCAAGACUUGAAGCAUGAUAUCUCCGCGGAGCAUCCUGUGCUGCAGCUCAACUGCCGCGGGGAUCUCGUCGCGAUAAAUUGGAACAACCACGACCGAGCCACGAUGCCCGCAGACCCGGAUCUGAUCGAGGCAAUGAGGCUUUGGGAUACAUUGCUUCAGGAUGAGCGUUGGCACCUCGACUUUUCAUUGCAGCGCGGUGAUUUGCUCGUCUUCGACAACAUGCGAUUGUUGCACGCGCGCAAGGGGCGGCUUGAUCCAGGUAGUCCCCGCCACUUCGUUGGCUUCUACUUGGAUAAUGGGAUCGCAGGUGCGAUCCACAAGCCACGUGCGCUGCUGUGGUCUGGGGAUGGCACGGAUACAGCAGACCUUCGCUCUGACACGAAGACACAGCCAGAUGGUCCGAUGUACACUGCCAUGAUCUCGGCCACUCUGGGCGAUGACGUUGUGGGUGAGUGCGAGACAACGCGCGCAAUGGAAUCAUAUGUGUCUGAGUUGCUGGGAAAGGAGGCGGCCUUGCUCGUUAGCUCUGGCACGCAGGGCAACUUGCUUGCCACAGCUGCCCAGUGCCCGCGCGGCACGGAGAUGAUCCUGGGUGAAGAGUCUCACAUGCACCUGUGGGAGGCAGGCGGCCCCUCUGUGCUCUUUGGUAUAGCGCAACGAACAGUGCCAGUCGACGAGCUCGGGCAGCUGCCUAUUCUAGCCCUGGAGGCAUCGCUGGCGCUCUCGGACCCAGAGGACGACCACUGCUGCCGCACGCGGCUGGUUGUGACCGAGAACAGCCAUGGUUGUCGGGGAGGUGCGGUACUCAGCCCAGCCUACAUGAAAGAACUCGUCCACCUCUGCCGUGACCGCGGACUCCGCCUUCAUGUUGACGGCGCCAGGCUGCUUAAUGCCGCGGCGGCGGUUGCCGAGGCGAGCAGCUGUGACAAAGACCAGAAGGCCGCCGCUGUCGGUGGGCCCCUGGGGGAGGCCGCGCGCACGCUGCUGGACGGCGUGGACACGGUGAGCGUCUGCCUGAGCAAAGGCCUGGGCUGCCCAGGCGGCGCGGUCAUUGCCGGCGACGCCGCGACCAUCGCAGAGUGCAGGAGGCUGCGGAAGUUGGUCGGUGGCAGUGUGCGGCAGGCCUCCGGGCUGUUGGCUGCCGCAGGGCUGCACGCGAUGCGCGAGCGGGACCUCUUCUCGGACCUGAGGCGGGACCACGCGCUGAUGCGGCGACUGGUGAACGGGAUCCAGCGCCUGCCAGGGGCCUCGGUGAACCUCUACGGCGGGACGAACAUGGCUGUGGUCGGGCUCUCCCCCGUCGGGUCCUCCGCCACCGCGGACGACCGCGCCGCGCGCGUAGCCGCUCUCGCGAAGGCCUCCGGGCUUCGGGUCGGCAGCUACCUCGGGCAGGGGGGCUGGCGUUUUGUGACACAUCGUGGCAUUCAGGAGCACCAUGUGGACGCCUUGGUGGAGGCGUUUGCAAGGGGCACCGCGUGAUACCGACCCUGUUGGUUUAAGCCGGGUCAGGCAGCCUGGCCUGUUUUGUCGACGUCUAGUGCAAAACCGUGGCAGCAUCCAUGCCCAAAUUAUAGUGAGACGGGUGCAAAUACUACUUCGAGCAUGCGCGGGGUGUUCCCACCUCAAAACACAGCGCGAGUGGCGCGCGCAGCCCCGCGCCCCUCCAGGUCCCAGGGGGGACGGGAGCGUACUGAGCGCGCUCUUCUAGGCGGGUGGGGGAACGCGGGGUCUUUUGAGUUCAUGGGUAUUCGAGAUAUCUUGCCUUCUACGUGCUGAUGUUUCCAGUCUCGUGGCUGCGCUUCUCAAGCCAGAGCCGGCCGUCUCUGGAUGCAGCCUAAUACGUAAUGACCGCCCUCUGCUCCGCAGAGCACGAGCGCGCGUCCAUGGCCCCCCUUCCUCGCCCUCCUCUCCCCCGUGUGACGUUUCAAGCUGAUGUAGACGGUGCAUCCUUCUUGUCGUUGCGGCGGUGUGGGCUCCCGCUUGAGGCUCCUGUGGUGUAGGGUCAUGUCGAGGUUUGUUCCCCAAGCCCGUGUAGCCUCCUGCAUAAGAGUUGCUACAUCGCAC